AUGACUAGCGUUGAACGUGGCGAAAAUGUGACUGUUUUAGCAUGUAUGAAUGCAGCUGGUCAUUUCAUACCUCCAUUUGUUCUUUUCAAAGGUGUGCGUAAACGAGAUGAUUUUAUGAUAGACAUACCUCCUAGAACAGAAAUUUUUAUGACAGAAAAAGGUUGGGUUACAGAAGAAGCUUUUAAAGCAUGGUUGAGUCAUUUUAAUCGAUUCCGUACAAAAGGAAAAGUGAUUUUGAUUUUAGACGGUCAUCUAUCCCACACUAACUUGACAGUAGUAGAUUUAUGUGAAGAAUCCGACAUUGAACUCAUACUCAUUCCACCACACACAUCACAUGCAAUUCAGCCACUUGAUGUUUCCUUUUUCAAGCCCUUAAAAAUUUAUUAUCACCAACGAGCAAUUUCGUGGCAACACAGCAACGUCGGUAAAGGAAUAACCAGAAUCGUUUUCGGAAUUUUAUUGAAACACGCCUGGAAUUUAGCUGCUUCUAUUAAGAUUGCUACAAAGGGAUUUGAAAAGAUUGGAAUAUAUCCUUUUAAUCCUCAUGCUAUACCGUCUUAUAAGUUUGUGUCAUAUAUAAUUCCAAAUGAUGAUUUGGAUUUCAUUAAUAUUUCUGCAACAGAGAAGUCUUCAACUAGUAACUCUCAAAACAAUGUUAUCGUCGAUCCGUCAUCAACCAGUAUUGACACGCAUGCCACUGUUGGAGAUGAUGUGAUUGCUACGACUAUAAAAAGUUUACUUCCAACACCACACACAGAAAAACAAAUACCUGCAAAAGAACUAGAGUUGCCAAGAAAUUGA